CACACACACACACACACACACACACACUCAAAACUCGGCUCGGCCGCACCACAGCUGCUCCAAUCCCAGGAAAAGGCGAGCGAGUGGGCCAGGCGUGCGCACCCCUCUCCGUGCCCCACGCAGCGCUAGUCCGGGUCCCCAGCGCCGCGCUACGGACGGGUGUGCCGGAAAAUAAAGCAGAAAGGGUAAAGACAGAUCCUGAAAACACCCUGGCCACACACGCCACAACUUAAGCUCUUUCUCAGCUCCGGAGUGAAGACGGCUCCUGCAGCGACCUGAGCCCGUGAAAUCCGCGCCACUGUCGGUGAAGAGCCCACCUGCCGUUCCGCGACACGCCAGAGCAAAAAGUGGGGCUUGUCACUGUCCUGCUCAGGCAGUGCCCGGGGCUCCGGGCGCUCUCACCUCAAGUAGUUUGGAAUUCAACCUCGGCUCAGUCCCCAGCCCCUCGCGCUUUGGAGUGUCCCCCCGCGACCCAUGGAGUGGACACGCCACCGGGACCUCGCUAUGACAAGGGCGCGUAGGCUGCUCUGUCUGUGGCUGGGCUGCUUCUGCGUUAGCCUGGCGCAGGGAGAGAGACUGAAGCAGCAUUUCCCGGAGCUCAGCAAGACUGUGCCAGGUGACCUCUCAGCAGGUGGUGUUCCUGGGCCCCUGCUGCAGCCGCACGACAAGGUGUCCGAGCACAUGCUGCGGCUCUAUGACAGGUACAGCGGCGUCAAGGCCAAGGUGGCGCGGACACCAGGGUCCUCAGAGAGGGGCGCACAGCCCUUGCGUCCCAAGUCCCUGCGCGAAGGCAACACAGUUCGCAGCUUUCGAGCUGGAACAGCAGGUGAGUGUCCCAGGAGCACCCCUUUCUGCGGUCCCGCCCCAGGUCUCCCACACACCCCAUCUUCCAUAGCCUCCUCAUCUGAUCUAGGCCCUGUAGUGCUACCUGGAGACCUUUCCUCACCCUCCGCAGCUGCCCUCUGAGCCCUUCCUCCCAUCACACCCCGCAUUUCGCCAGCAAGUAAAUCCAGGUUUAGAGUCCC